CUUGCUUGGUUGCUCAUUAAGUGUCAUGGAAUUAAAAGUACAACUGGACAGACAGUGUGAGUGAGUAGCUAAACGGAAGGUAGGAUUCAGGUCACGCUUUUAGGGAAUGUGGAACAAAAAACGUGUCUUAAAGCUUGGCCAAGAUGCAGUUGACGAGAGAGGACACUGGGGGAGUAAGGUAGAGUUUCUUCUGGCCGUUGCCGGGAACAUUGUGGGCCUGGGCAACGUGUGGAGGUUUCCGUACUUGUGCUACAAAAAUGGCGGUGGUGCAUUCCUGGUGCCGUACCUGGUGUUUGCAUUCACGUGCGGUGUACCGCUCUUCCUUUUGGAGACCUUUGUGGGCCAGCACACUCAGGAGGGUGGUAUCACUUGCUGGAAGAAGCUUUGUCCAGUGGCUGAAGGUAUCGGCUAUGGGGGGCUGCUGACCCAGAUAUACGGCUGCAUGUCAUACACUAUUAUCCUGGCCUGGGCUCUUUUCUACCUUGCGUUCUCCUUCAUCUCUCCACUGCCCUGGAGCACCUGCGACAACUACUGGAACACAGCUGAUUGUGUCAUUGUUACAACAAGGAACCUCACCAACCACACCAAAGGAAACUCGGCAGCUAUGGAAUUCUGGGAGAUGUUUCUUUUUGCCCUGUGUAGACAUCGAGUGUUGAAUAUCUCCGGUGGUAUUGAGGAGAUUGGCAACAUCAGGUGGGAGGUGCUUCUGUGCCUCCUGACAAUGUGGGUCAUUUGUUAUUUCUGCAUCUGGAAAGGGGUCAAAUCAACUGGAAAGGUGGUGUACAUCACUGCCACAUUCCCUUAUGUGAUGCUCUUCAUCCUUUUGAUCCGAGGAGUCUCUCUUCCGGGAGCCAGACAAGGAGUCGAGUUCUACCUUCUGCCAGAUCCGUCGCGACUCACAGACCCUCAAGUGUGGCUGGAUGCCGGCUCCCAGAUCUUCUUCUCGUACAGCCUUGGUGCAGGCACUCUGACUGUACUGGGCAGCUACAACACCAGGAGAAACAAUUGCUACAAGGACUGCUUCUGGCUGUGUUUGCUGAACAGUUUGACCAGUGUGGUAGCUGGCUUUGCUGUCUUCUCGGUCCUGGGAUUCAUGGCUCACAAACAAGGCGUUCCUGUCGCAGAGGUGGCUGAGUCAGGUCCGGGCUUGGCGUUCGUUGCAUACCCACAGGCGGUGGCCAUGAUGCCGUUGCCUAACCUGUGGUCUAUCUGUUUCUUCGUCAUGCUCAUUCUCCUGGUCCUGGACACACAGUUUGUCGGCAUUGAGGAGGUGAUGACGUCCUUUACAGAUGUAUUCCCCACAGUGAUGCGUCGGGCAGGCAGGCAUGAAUGUUUCCUCCUGCUCUUCUGCCUCAUAUGUUUCCUCUUGCAGAUCGACAUGACCACGAUGGGAGGGAUGUACAUCUUCCAGAUUUUCGACUACUAUGCUUGCAAUGGAGCCUGCCUUCUCUUUCUUUGUGUGUUUAAAAGCUUGGCAGUAGGCUGGAUAUUUGGCGCAGAACGGCUGUGUGGCAUCAUAGAGGAGAUGACGGGCGACCGUCCCAACCCGUUCUUCAAAAUCUGCUGGCGCUACAUUAGCCCCUUGGUUUCGCUGGGCACUUUUAUAUAUUAUUUAAUUGGGUACCAGCCCCUAACAUUCAACCGCUCGUACGUAUACCCUACCUGGGCCUAUGUGUUGGGCUGGAUGAUGGCUCUGUCCUCCAUCCUGCUGGUGCCAAUCUGGGCGCUGUACAAGCUGAGCACUGCCAAGGGAACCCUCAGUCAGCGUCUCCAUGGUCUGUGCUGGCCCAAGCCACCUGAGGGCUCGCUGGCACGAAACACAGAGACCAUGCUGCAACACACUACUGAGGAGGAUCAAGAAUGAUUCAUUAAAAAAAAAACAA